AUGUACAGCCAACUCGGCGGCGCCGAUCCAAUCGUUCAAGCAGCUGCUGCUGCACUCGCCUCAUCAGCCGCCAAUAACGAAAUCAUUGGUUCUGGUUCUAAAGACACCACAAUGACCAAGAUUUUCGUCGGUGGAUUGCCAUAUCACACAAGUGACAAAACUCUUCACGACUAUUUUGAGCAGUUCGGUGAGAUCGAGGAAGCCGUGGUGAUCACUGAUAGACAAACACAGAAGAGUCGAGGAUAUGGAUUUGUGACAAUGAAAGAUCGUCCCUCAGCCGAACGUGCCUGCAAGGAUCCAAAUCCGAUCAUCGAUGGCCGCAAAGCCAAUGUGAAUCUCGCCUAUCUUGGAGCCAAACCCCGAGGAAACAUUGCUCUAGCAGCUUUGACUCAACCGGGAUUGGCUCAAUUGACACCGGGACUGCAGGCGGCUCAUCUACAAGCACAGCUCUCCUCACUUCUCCCAGGAGCUCGACUCGGAGAUGGACUGAAUAUGGCCGGCUCGGUGAUGGCACAGCAACAAGCCGAAGUGGUUGCGAAGAUGCAAGCAGCAGCGAAAGAGCAAGCUGGGCAGACCGGGCAGACACAAGCUGCGGGUGGAGCGAUGCAGAGGGAGAGGACACUCUACCGAAUCGCCCCGUAUGCCAUCCCAAUAAGGCAACAGAUUCCCCAAGCGAUGUUCUAUCCACAGACGGCGCUCUUGAAUCCAGCUCUGCUCAACGCGGCUCAAUUGCAACAGGCAGCUGCCGCUCAACAAGGAUUGGUCGAUUACGCAGCUUUGGCCGCUGCAAUGGGGCAACAAAGUGCUAUGGCUGGUGUUGGAUCUGGAGGAAUGUAUGAUUCUUCCGCUUCAGCAACGGCAAGCGGUUUGGAGCAAUAUGGAUAUCCAUACAAUGUCCUUCAAGGUGGUUUCCCUCUCCAGACUCAACUCUCAAAGGACCAU